GCAAAAUCACAUCGCUCUUUCUUGCAACACUGCAUGUUCUGAGCUCAUGGCUUUGUCUCUUGCCAGCCUGUGUUGAUAGCUGCACUUAAACUGCAUGUUUCUCUUUAUCCUGACCUAUAAAUCCAUCAGCUUAGCGCCAGCACCUCCAUCAGCAAGCUUAGCAUUACACCUAGCUGAACACCACCUGAUACAUUACGUACUUCGUUGAACUUCAGCCAAGAAAGGAGGAGAUCGAAGCAGCCAUGAUCACUGCCAAGAGACUCGUCCAGAUUGCGAGGAAGUGGCAAAGAAUGGUGGCCCUCGCGAGGAAGAGGCUCACACCGUCGACGACGCCGGCGGAAGAAACCCAAGGAUCUUGCUGCACGUCGACGUCGGUGGCUGGCAAGGGCCACUGCGUUGUGUACUCAGCCGACGGCAGGCGGUUCGAGGUCCUGCUGGCGUACCUCGGCACUGCCGUCUUCGGCGAGCUCCUGAGGAUGUCGCAGGAGGAGUUCGGGUUCGCCGGCGAAGACGGCAGGAUCACGCUGCCCUGUGACGCUACGGUGAUUGAGUACGCGAUGUGUUUGCUUAGGAGAAAGGCCUCUGAAGAGGUUGAAAGGGCGUUCCUGAGCUCUAUGGCGAGGCCUUGCCACUAUGGAAAUGGCUUGGCGCAAUCCAUGGGAGUUAGCCUACAAACUGCACUUCCUAGCUUCUGAA